AUGGGGAACGCAGGCAGCAUGGAUCAGCACACGGACUUGAGGGGACACAACAUGCCCCUGAAACUGCCCAUGCCAGACCCGGGGGAACUAGAAGAGAGAUUCGCGAUUGUUUUGAGCUCCAUGAAUCUCCCUCCAGACAAAGCCAGGCUCUUACGGCAGUAUGACAACGAGAAGAAGUGGGAGCUUAUCUGCGACCAGGAACGGUUCCAAGUGAAAAAUCCCCCUCACACAUACAUCCAAAAGUUGCGCGGUUAUCUGGACCCAGCGGUUACACGGAAGAAAUUCAGACGGAGAGUUCAGGAAUCCACUCAAGUCCUAAGAGAACUGGAAAUUUCGUUACGGACCAAUCAUAUAGGGUGGGUGAGAGAGUUCCUAAAUGAAGAGAACAAAGGCCUGGACGUGCUGGUGGAAUAUCUUUCUUUUGCACAGUAUGCCGUCACAUUCGAUGGGGACUGCUUGGAAAAUAACCCAGAUACGAUAGAUAAAAACAAGCCUUGGGGACGUUCGAUAGAAGACCUGCAUGGAGGAAGCACUUUGCCGUCUCCCAUCACUGGGAACGGACUCACUCGCAUGGGACGCCACUCUACGCUCAGGACCCCAAGCUCACUGCCCUGUCCCAGGUGUGCUCAAAUGAAAAGAUGCAACACACUGCCUAGCCGGAGAACGCUGAAAAACUCCAGACUGGUGUGUAAGAAGGAUGAUGUCCAUGUUUGCAUCAUGUGCCUACGCGCCAUCAUGAACUACCAGUAUGGAUUCAACAUGGUCAUGUCGCACCCGCACGCUGUGAAUGAAAUUGCACUAAGUCUCAACAAUAAAAAUCCCAGAACAAAAGCUCUGGUCUUGGAACUCUUGGCGGCUGUUUGUCUGGUGAGAGGGGGCCACGAAAUCAUCCUCUCUGCAUUCGACAACUUUAAGGAGGUCUGUACAGAGGAGCAGCGUUUCGAGAAGCUAAUGGAGUAUUUCAAAAAUGAGGACAAUAAUAUUGACUUCAUGGUGGCAUGUAUGCAGUUUAUAAACAUCGUUGUGCACUCAGUGGAGGACAUGAACUUCAGAGUCCAUCUCCAGUACGACUUCACCAAGCUGCUUCUAGACGAGUACUUAGACAAACUGAAGCACACAGAGAGCGAUAAGCUACAGGUGCAGAUCCAGGCGUACUUGGACAAUGUCUUUGAUGUGGGAGCUCUUCUGGAAGAUGCAGAGACCAAAAAUGCAGCACUGGAGCGAGUAGAGGAGCUGGAGGAGAAUAUGUCCCAUAUGACAGAAAAACUCCAGGACACAGAGAAUGAAGCCAUGUCCAAGAUUGUGGAGUUAGAGAAACAGCUAAUGCAAAGGAACAAAGACCUUGACUCUAUAAGGGACCACUACAAAGAAACCACUUCUCAAGUGCUUGCACUGAGGCAGAUGUUGAAGGAGAAGGAUGAGGCCAUUCAGAGACAGUCAAAGUUGGAGAAGAAGAUUCAUGAAUUAGAAAAGCAAGGCACCAUCAAGAUUCAGAAGAAAGGCGACGGAGACAUAUCUAUCCUGACUUCACCCACGGGAGUACCAGGGGGAGUACCUGGAGGAGUACCCGGAGGAGUACCAGGAGGGGUGCCGGGGGCUGUCUUUGUGUCAAACACCACUGGGCACAGUCCCAACCACGUGGUGCUCCCAGGGGGCACUGUCGGUCCUCCACCGCCCCCACCUCCACCUCCAGUCAAUGGCACAUUACCAAACGGACCACUCUCGGUGAUCCCACCUGCGGCACCUCCACCUCCUCCACCACCUCCUCCUCCGCCUCCUCCUCCAGGACCAGAUAUGUCGGUGCCACUGCCCCCACCCCCGCCACCAAUGGCUCCCCCUCUGCCCGGAUCUGGUACACCAACGGUCAUCAUGAACUCGGGCCUGGCGGCGGUGAAGAUCAAGAAACCCAUCAAGACAAAGUUCCGCAUGCCUGUCUUCAACUGGGUAGCCUUGAAACCCAACCAGAUCAACGGCACGGUCUUCAAUGAGAUCGAUGACGAGAAGAUACUUGAGGAUCUGAACGUGGAUGAGUUCGAGGAGAUAUUCAAGACUAAAGCGCAGGGUCCUUCGCUCGAUCUGACCAUGAGCAAACAGGUCAUUCAGAAGGGACCCAACAAGGUGACUCUGCUGGAUUCCAACCGAGCCAAGAACCUGGCUAUUACGCUGAGGAAGGUGGGCAAGGUGCCAGAGGAGAUCUGCAGAGCCAUCCAGCUGUUUGACCUCCGGACCCUGCCUGUGGACUACGUGGAGUGCCUGAUGCGCUUCCUCCCCACGGAGAACGAGGUGAAGGUUCUACGGCAGUUCGAGAAGGAGAAAAAACCUGUGGAGAGUCUGACGGACGAGGACCGCUUCAUGAUGCAGUUCAGCAAAAUUGAGAGGCUCAUGCAGAAGAUGACCAUCAUGGCCUUCAUCGGCAACUUCUGCGAAAGCAUCCAAAUGUUGACGCCACAACUACAUGCGGUUAUUGCUGCAUCUGUUUCCAUCAAGUCAUCACAAAAAUUAAAGAAAAUUCUAGAGAUUAUCUUGGCACUCGGAAACUACAUGAAUAGCAGCAAAAGAGGAGCCGUUUACGGAUUCAAGCUUCAAAGUUUAGACUUGCUCCUCGAAACCAAGUCGACGGACCGUAAAAUGACUCUGCUACACUACAUUGCCAACGUGGUGAAAGAAAAGUACCAGCAGGUCUCGCUAUUCUACAAUGAAAUUCACUAUGUAGAAAAGGCGGCGGCGGUAUCGCUUGACAAUGUCCUUUUGGACGUGAAGGAGCUGCAGAGAGGCAUGGAGCUAACCAAGAGGGAGUACAGCAUGCACGGACACAACACCAUGCUCAAAGAGUUCAUCACGCACAACGACGCUAAACUGAAGAAGCUACAGGAUGAUGCUAAAGUUGCACAGGACGCAUUUGAUGAGGUGGUGAAAUUCUUUGGGGAGAACGCAAAAACAACGCCACCGUCAGUCUUCUUUCCGGUGUUCGUGAGAUUUGUGAAGGCGUAUAGGCAAGCGGAGGAGGACAAUGAGCAUAAGCGGCGACAGGAGCAGCUGUUGAUGGAAAAACUUCUGGAACAGGAGGCCAUGAUGGAGGAGGAUCAGAAGUCUCCGUCAAAUAAAAACAAGAGGCACCAGCAACAAGAACUGAUCCAGGAGCUGAGGAAGAAGCAGGUCAAAGACAAUCGGCACGUGUACGAGGGCAAAGACGGAGCCAUCGAAGACAUCAUCACGGAUCUGAGGAACCAGCCGUACAGAAGGGCCGACGCCGUGCGCAGAAGUGUCCGGAGGAAGUUCGACGACCAAAACCUGCGGCCGAUCAACAACGGGGAAGUGUUCAUGUAG